AUGAGUGCCAUGCAUUCGUCCGCUUUCCGAACGACAUUCGUGACGCCUCUACCCUCCUCGUCAGCGUCAUACCGUAAUCGGGUAACCCUAUGUCGCACUGCCGCAUCACCGUUUUUGCAGUCGGAGCCGCGACGCGUCGCGCGACAAACGCAAUGCCGCGCGAAUCGUGGCGGAGAUAUCCCGGACACGGAUUGGAUGACGAGGACCGACCCGUGGGAGCUGCUAGGCGUCGCGGAAGGGUCCUCCGUCGAUGAGAUUAAAGCAGCCUUUCGCGCCAAGGCAGGUGAUGUGACACGUGGCAUCAAGAACGUCCAUCCCGACGUGUACCGAGGGGAGUUAGACGCUGAGGCGAUCACAACCCGCCUCGUGCUCGCCUAUGAGUUGCUUCUAGAGGAGGCGGAGAAUCCUACGGGAGGCAGAAGCCUGUCGCUCCAGCUGCAUAGUGACAGCGCCCUUCCUCUUCUCCUAUGCGGAGGACACUGCCAGGGCCCGUGCCAUGUCCCCUGA